AUGAGUUUCGCGCAGCCUUUUCAGUCUUACCAGCCUUAUGGCUCCCAAACCACCGGAUCAGAAGCCAAGAAGCCUUUUUCUUCGACGGUCGACUUCAGCGAUCAGUCAUACGAGAUGCCCUUUUUCGUAGACGUUGAGCCGGCCACUAUGAAGCCCGGCGGCAGUGUCGCCAGGAAGCCAUUGGCCGUUCAACCUAUUACCAAUGCGCCCCAAAGCGUCCCCAAGCAAAUGUCAGAUGAUCGCAACACCAAGAUACCCCAGGGCAAUACAUCGCCAGUCAUGACCAAAGGGCCUGAGAAAGCCCCGCUCCUACCUCCGCGCAAACCGACCUUCAAGGCCAACCCGGCCGCAUUUCUGGAAAGCUUCGGAUUUCCUUCCAUGCAAAACUUCUACAUCGAACCGACAGCACCAAACCCCAACUCCCACCAAUGGCUCAACCAAGAUCCCCUCUUCAUCAACUGGAAGAGUUCCAAGCACGGGCUGCUUUGGCUACGAGGAUCUGAAGGAUGCGGAAAGUCCACUUUGACGAAGCAUGCCCUUCAUUCUCAGUUGAAGGAAGAGCCGAACGCGAUUCACUUGACCUACUCGUUCUCCAUGUGCGGAAGCGAAGUUCCAAGGUCGCGGUUGGGAUUCUACAAGGCGCUGAUCCACCAGCUGAUCCCACAAUCCCCCGAAACAUUCAGCGACGUCAAGGCAAGGUUUGAGAAAAUCGAAUCGGCCUUGCCUCUGAGGCAGCAGGUGGCAUGGGGCGCCCAAGAGCUCUAUGAAGACUUGACCAAAGCUGUUACUAAGCUACUGAAGACGCGAUCUAUCACCAUUUACGUUGACGGUAUUGACCGGUCGGAAGGGGAGACUGCUCCUAAACUGGCGCAAGACUUUUCCAAACUUCUUGAGAAGUCGCUGCCGAAGCCUACUGCCAAAGAGCCGACUAUUGCACAUGGGCUCAAGAUCAUCUUCUCUAGCACAUUGAUCCCUACCAAGGACCCUUUCCCCCGAUCCUACGUCGAUGUGGACGAGAAGAACGGGCCAAGUCUUGCGCAUUUCCUCGAGGAACAACUCUCUACCACCGAUUUUAACACACGACAGCUGGUUCUGUCCAAAUCUGGCUCUUCGUUCAUCUCGGCUCGUCUGAUCAUUAAUCACAUCAAAUUAUUUGGUCCGGCGCGGUCUUCUCUUGUCCAGCAGCCUUCUCCUACACCCGCUCCUAUCUCUUUUCUGCUAGGCGAUUACUUCCAAAGCCUGGCGCAACAAGGGAACAAGAGUUUGACGUCACUUUUGACUUGGUGCUGUCUGGCAUCUAGACCACUAACCCUUGCUGAGCUUCGAGUGGCUUUGUCACUCGAUAUGAUGCCUAAGCUUGAAUCCAGCAAGGAUCUCUUGAAUGCUGAGCCGUUCUCUCGAUACAGCUCAGACGAGAGUUUCCAGUCCUGGAUCAAGACUACCUCCUGGGGUCUGAUAGAAACUGUGAGCUUACGCGGCCAGAGAGUCGUAAAGGUGAUGCACGAUAGCAUCUCAGCUUUCUUCGUUUCAAAGGGACUAGACAUGCUGUCUUUCAGCUCCCAAGAUAAUCCAAGCUCUCCACUCCAGCGGGCUCAUCACUCCCUUGCCAUGUGCCUCCUGCGCUAUCUUGCACUACUUCCUAAGGAGCCACAAUGGCAAUCAAGGUUCCAGACAGAACCUGCGCUUCAGUUGCUUCAGUAUGCUGGGACCAAUUGGUCCAUCCAUAUUUCGGCAGCGGGUUUGAGCAAGCCGGAAGCUUCGAAGAUACUAAAGUUGCUCCAAUGGCCCUCUGACAGCGUGCUUAGCCCCUUAGUAAAGCUAGACCAGGAGAAUUCGGCGAUUGCAGAGCUGCAAGGAACACUUUGGGCACAUAUCUUUGCAGUCUAUGGACAUGCUACCCUACUCUCCGUGGCCAUCAAGAAAGCUGGCACGGAGGUUUCGGGCGUAUUGGAUACUCAGAAGAGAAGCCCGUUGCAUCAUGCCGCGCUACAUGGACACUUAGCAGCUUCAAAGCAACUUCUCAAGUCCGGUGCAAAGGCAAACGCUCGAGCAAUCAACGGGCAGACAACUCUACACUUUGCUGUUCUACAAGGCUAUCAAAGUGUUUUGAAACCUCUACUCGAUAGUGAUCCAAGUUUGGUAUCUGCUACGAAUGAAUUUGCCCAGACACCGCUUCAUUUGGCCGUUGUUCGUGGUAAUUCAUCUACCAUCAAACUUCUUCUGGAAAGAAACGCCAAUGCCAAGUCGUUAGAUCGGUUCAAUAACUCCAUUCUGCAUCAUGCUGUAGCCACAGACAAGGCGAAUGUCUUGAAGCUAAUUCUCGAUGGUGGUGCGGAUAUCAACCUGCAAGAUGGCCAGGGUCGUACGCCACUGCAUCUCGCUAUUGCAGAAAACCGCCCAGCCGCUAUCAAAGUUCUUUUUGAACGCUCUUGUCGAGUGGAUAUCAAUGACAAGGAGGGAAAGAGUGCUCUUCAUUUGGCAGCAGCUUCAGGAAACAAAUCAUGCGCACAGGAGCUCUUGAGGCAGAAGGUACCGGUUGAUUUGAAGGAUGUGCAUGGCCAGACAGCGCUGGUAUAUGCCGUUCAAGGCCUCCACAUCAAUCUCAUCAAGCUGCUUCUAGAGGCUAAGGCUGAUGUCAACGUGAAAGACAAGCUCGGCUUCACUGCUCUUAUGCUGGCAGUGAGAGCCAACCAGGAGAAGAUCACGAAGCUUCUGCUAGAAGCAAACCCAGAUCUGAAUGCUCUUAGCAGUGAAGGUCAUACAGUUAUCUACUAUGCUGUCUAUAGGGGAAAAGCGGUGCCGUUGCUUUCAGAUCAAGAGCAAUUCGUUGCAUCUUUGUUGUUGAAACACUACAAGAAGAGGUAUUCAGUCUGGGAUCAGGAAUGGUUGGCCUGUAAAGACAGGUUUGCAGCUGAGCAUGGAAAGAAGAAGGACGUGGACGCCAAGCCAAAGUCUAAGACAGAGUCCAAGAAGAAAAUAGCACCAACAUCUUCUUCUGUUCCUUCAAAGACCGCAAGGGCACCGAAGCCUGUCAAACCUGUUGACGUCGCCAAACCAGCCGUCAAUGUCGCUAAGCCGACCGCCAACGCAGGCGCACAAAUGACUGCUUCGAAACCCAGUCCCCCUUUAGCAGGACCGCAGGAAUCUGCAAAGCAUGGCCCUCCAACUGGAGCUACGAACACAGCCCAAGGCCAGACGCUGGCGACCACAUACUCUCCAUUCGCAUCUGGUGGUCCAGUCCCAGUUACACCCCCUGUGGUACAGCAACAACAGACAUCCAAGCCCAACACCUCGACCCCGAUGUCUGCAGACAGACAGCAGCAGCAGCAGCAAACCUCCGGUUUCAAGUCUUACCAGCCUUCGCAACCUACCAUUGGAGCUAAGGAACAAGUGACACCCAACUCUGGAGGACCUCUCGCAAAACCCACUCAGCCCCCUCAACCUGCGGUGGUGACUGAGCACCAAAAGCCGAGCCACAGAAACAGCUGGGCUAUGUAUAGCGCGCUCUCAUCAAGCUCUCCAGUUUCAUCCCAAGAAACGCCCCUGGCCGUGCAGAAUUCGUACUUUUCGUAUUCUAGCCCAUCUCAGCAACCCUCUAACAGCAGCAAUUCGUUUAAGCCUUUUCAACCAUUCCAGCCUGAUCAGACCCGUGGUGCUUCUCCAGGUGGAGCUUCAAGGCCACAAAGUCAAGUCGACCACAGGUCUUCUCUGCCUUCGCAGAAGUCUCUAGGUCAAGCUGGGCAAAGCAGUCCGGGUCAACCGGUACCGCAGCACGGAGCAGCCCAGGCCUAUCAGCCGUUUAGCAGCAACCCCCUCGCGUCCAGUGCAGCUUCAUACCAGAUCCAGGCACCUUACCAGAGUCCUAUGGAUCCAUCUAUCAAACCUACUGCACCCCUGAGCCUUGGUCGCAAGCCUGUAGGCAGGCAUCAGCCAACACAGCCUGUGGCAGACCAGUUUACGAAGCCAUCACCAAACAACCUCUGGCAACCUUACCAGGCUCCUGCUGUUAUGGGACAAUCUGCGCCAGGAAGGCAGAAUGUUCAGAACAGUUUCGCUUCGCCACCUCUUGCUGGAUCAAACGCACCUCCGCAGGCAGCACAAGGAAAGAAAUCGCCAGCACCUGGUACAUCUCAAAGAUCGAUGCCAACCCAGCACUCUCUUCCAGCUCAAAAGCCUCCCAGUCCUCAGCAAGGCGCUUCAAGUGCCUAUAUCGUCGCGUCCCAAGGCUCGACUCUUGCUCAGCGCCCUGUAGUUCAGAAACCUGCGGCGACUCAGUCGAACCCAUCUCAGAUGCCGGCUCCCGCGCAGCAGCCCAUCCCGACUCAGAGGCCGGUUUUGCCAAAGACCAGCCAGACAUCUUCUCCGGUUCAACAAGGGGCUCCAGGUCGCAAGCCUGUUCCCGGUCAAGCUCCUCCAGCUCAGAAACCUGCUCCAGUACAGCAGCCUUCUGCGGCGCAACUUGCCCAGGCGCCCAAGGCCCCUUCAUCCCAGAAGCCUCCAUCGUCUCAAAAGCCAGCCCCAACUCAGCAGCCACCUGCAAACCAGAAACCUGCAAUCGGCCAAGCUCCUCUGGGCCAGAAGCCCGUCCCGGCACAGCAACCCGCUACAAACCAGAAGACUACGCCUGGCCAGCCCACCCAAGCCCAAAAGUCUCCUCCAGCAAAACAGCCUGGUGCAGACCAGAAGCCCGCUUCAGCAAAGCAAGCAACUGCAGACCAAAAGUCUGCCCCGACAAAACAGACAGCUACCGGUCCGAAGCCUCCUCCUGGUCAGGUUCCUCAAGCUCAAAAGCCUGUCCCAGCACAGCAGCCUGCUUCGGCCCCCAAGCCCUCUCCAGCUCAGAAGCCUCCAGUUCAGCAGGUUAAUUCAGACCAGAAAAAGCCUGUACACCCUGCUUCGGCGAGGGCACCGGGCCAACCCUCAACAGUACAGAGACCCGACUCGUCAGGGCCCAAGAAGCCAUCUCCCGCGCCAGCUCAAUCUUCUGGAUCUUCGCAAAAGGCGCAGCACGCCACUGGACAGAGGUCAGUUGAUACAUACGGUUCUCGUGGCAUGCAUACACAGAGCCACGACGCAAAGAACGAUGGUUCGGGUAAAUCCUCUGCAGGCAAGAUCGCUGCAAUUACUGGUGCUGGUCUUGUUGCUGGUGGAGUUGGUGGUUACAUGCUAUCCAACUAUUAUGAGAAGAAUCAUUACGAGAACAACUUUGUUAACGAUGAGAGGAGCAUAAACCCGGACCAAGGUUAUUAUCAACCCGUUCCACCUUCAACUCACACGGAGUACUAUUACUUGCAGACACCUGUAGAGCAAUCUGAACACUCAGCAGAGGAGACUGGGGCUGGAGAAUCCGAAGAUGAUCACCAGUCAGAUGAUGAAAGUGAAGCUCAUUCGAGUGAAGUUGAGUCGGUUUCUUUCAGCGUGGACGUUUCUGAUGCUGAAGACUAUGAUGAUCAAGCUUUGUCAGAAGACUCUGAUGAUAAUGACCUCGAUUCUAUUGGCGGCGACUCCGAUGAUGGAGAUGAUGUCGAGAGCUUGAACUUUGACGAGGACGAGGACGACAGCCUACACCUCGCAACCAAUUUCACAGACGACGAGAACGAAGAUGAGAAUGGGGAUGAGAGCGAUGUGGACAACGAUGUUGAAAGCAAUGUUGAGAGCGAUGUUGAGUCGGAUGAAAACACUGAUGCUGAUGUUUCAGAUGACGACAUGAUCAAUCAAAGCUUUCAAGCAGAGUCAGAGGGCGAGCACGAUGCAGACCUAGGUCAGGACGACUCAGACUCCGACUCCGACUCCGACAUCGCGCAAGAGGUGGAGUCGGAUCAAGAAAGCGAUGUUGAACCGCAACAUGGCAACUUCACCGGAUAUCACCAGCAUCAAACGUACGACGAGGCUGAUUCCGACAAUGAAGAACAGCAAGGCUACUAUGACAACCACCAACAACAUGCUUUUGAAGAAUCUGAUUCAGAGGAUGAAGUUCAACAAACUCAUUAUCAUGAUCAGUACCAAGAACAAGAACACUUCCAGGAACAAACUUACUACCAAGAUCAAACUCACCAUCAGGAGCAAGAGCACUACCAGGACCAGUAUCAGCAACAGACUUUCCAGCAGGAAGAUUCUGAGGAGGAGGAUCAGCCAGUCCACUAUUCCAAUCAGCAGCAUAUUGUUCAGUCCGAUUCGGAAGAUGAAGAUGAAGUGCAACAAGAUCAUUACCAUGGACAGUACCAGCAACAGAAUCAGUACGGACAGUACCAGCAGCAGGUGCAAUCUGAUUCCGAGAAUGAGUCCGACAGCGAGGUCAACGGACAAGUUGAUGAUAGCGAUGAGGAUGAGAACAAUUACGGCCAGGUAGAUUCUGAUGAUGAUAAUGGAUAUAACGCCGGCGGAAACUACGCAGCGGCUGGAUAUGAUUCUGAUGACUAUUAG